AUGGCAGUCACUUUGAAGGUAACAAAUCGUUCUCCUAAAAACCCCAUCAAACGUCUCCCUACCUCUAUCGAUAUCGACGAAACAACUACAGUUCAAGAUGUUAAAGAUAAAUUGGCCAAACAAGCCGGAGGUUGGGAUCCCAAUCGAUUCGGUAUUUUUGAUCCAGAACAUAAGAAGAUUUUGAAAGAUAGGAAAGCCUUCAUUUCACAACAUAAAGAAGUGAUUAUUGGGAAAGAAAUCUUGAUCAAAGACCUAGGUCCUCAAUUAGGCUGGCGCACCGUCUAUAUAAUCGAAUACCUCGGUCCUAUCCUUAUCCACCUCGCAGUCCCCCUCCUCCGCCCUUACAUCUACUCCCACCCCACCAACUCCAUCGCCCCCCUCUCCAACUCUCAGCUUCUUUCUAUGACUCUCAUAGUCCUUCAUUUCCUUAAACGCGAAUAUGAAACGAUCUUCAUCCACCGUUUCUCCCUAUCCACAAUGCCAGCCAGCAACAUCUUUAAAAAUUGCGCUCACUACUGGCUUCUUAGCGGCCUCUACAUCGCCUACUUCAUAUACGCCCCUUCAUCCUACACCGCUCUCUCCUCCCCAAACUUAGACUAUGUAAACAUAGUUGGAGUAGCUCUCUACCUCUUUGGCGAGCUCUCGAACCUUAAAACCCAUUUCACUCUCUCCAAUCUUCGCUCGCCGGGUGGAACUGAGCGCGGAAUCCCCCAAGGUUACGGUUUCUCCAUGGUAACAUGCCCCAAUUAUUUCUUCGAGAUACUCUCAUGGAUCGGUGUAAUAUUGGUGACUAAGAGUUGGAGUACGGUCAUUUUUGCUAUUGUUGGGACAUUACAAAUGCGGCAAUGGGCUAUCAAAAGGGAAAAGCAAUACCGUGAUGAUUUCGGUGACAAAUAUAAGAUGAAGAGAAAUACCCUGUUUCCUACCCCAGGGGCGUUCAUGAAGGAACUUACUGGUUAA